ACAUCCGGAAGGUGGGGCUUUAUUGCAGGAGCGGUUUGUGUUUGGAAAACCAAUGUGUCGACACACUCUCCUAAUGCAGUCAUCAAGAUAACAUCAGCUGACGGCAGAAAUAAUCAUCCUGCUUUGGUUGUGUGUUUGAGUGUCUGAGCACAGGGAAGUAUAUGCGUGGGUGUGUGAAAGUGAGUGUGUGUGUGAAAGUGACAACUAGAAGAAUCCAACGAUGACUACUAGUAAAAGCAAAAACCAGAGCUCUCUGACACUGCACAAGGUGAUCAUGGUGGGAAGUGGAGGCGUGGGGAAGUCGGCCCUCACACUGCAGUUCAUGUACGAUGAGUUUGUGGAGGACUAUGAGCCCACCAAGGCAGACAGCUACAGAAAGAAGGUGGUGCUGGAUGGUGAGGAGGUCCAGAUAGAUAUUCUGGAUACAGCCGGCCAGGAGGACUAUGCUGCCAUCAGGGACAACUAUUUUCGAAGCGGCGAGGGCUUCUUGUUGGUCUUCUCUAUUACAGAGCACGAGUCCUUCACUGCAACUGUUGAGUUCAGGGAACAGAUCUUGCGGGUGAAGGCAGAGGAGGAUAAGAUCCCUCUCCUCCUGGUAGGGAACAAAUCAGACUUGGAGGAGCGGAGGCAGGUAUCUGUUGACGAGGCCCGAGGGAAGGCUGAGGAGUGGGGGGUCCAGUAUGUAGAGACAUCAGCCAAAACCAGAGCCAACGUUGACAAGGUAUUCUUUGAUCUAAUGCGGGAAGUACGAGGCAAGAAAAUGUCUGAAAACAAAGAUAAAAACGGAAAAGGAAAGAACAAGAAGAAUAAAAAGAGCUUCAAAGAAAGAUGCUGUUUACUUUGAACCCGUCAUAGACCUUUAUAACCCACAGAACAUCUGUCAAGUUGUGAAACCGAACUAAGCAUCCUUGCCAUUGUAAUUUGGAUGAAAUUUGCAAAUUUUUUACAUCUUGUUAUAGUUUAGUAUUUAGAGCAAUCUAAACCACCAUUUUUAAUGUUUAACCAGUUGUUAGUGGCUGUUUAUCUGGAAGUUAACCACUGAUGAGACUGAUGGCAGUGCUUGAUUGGCUUACAGUUACUGCCUCUGACACUUUGCUGUGUAAGCCAUUCUCCACUGCUUAGCUCAGCAAUUAUACUGCCUUUGACUUUCAUUGUGUUUUAACGGGAGAGUUUUUGAGUCUCUGUUAAUAAAACAGAGCUCCUGUUUUUUUUUAAUGUUCUUAUUCUUAGCUUGCAUUAUUCUCCACUCUCUUAGUACAGUACAGACCCCUUGAAUCCAAUUAUGAUAUUCAUCUACUUUCCAGGAACUCUAAUGCUGCUGUCUGUCAUAUUUGCAAUCAUUUUAUGAGAAGCUGUUCAUCAGAGAUGUUUGCGUCUGUCAUUGAUGUGUCAAAGCUCUGACUCUGAAGACCUUUAUGAGUUCAGGGCAAUGUCUGUUAAAAAACAGGAGCUUGAAAUAUCCUUUUGAGCCCUCAAGGCUGCUGCUGUUUUUUUGUGCUUUUUUUUUUUUAGUUUAUUUUCUGACCAUAUCAGACAAUCGGUGCAAUCCGAGGGCUUGCUGCCAAACAGGGUUUUUGAUUCCACUGUUAUCAGGCCUUACAGGAUUACAAGAAAUCAAUCGAGAGUUGAUUUUCUAUUUUUCAGGAGUAUAUUCUUAACUCUAGUAUAUUCUUGACUCUAAAUAAAAAAAAGAACCCAUAAUUCAUGUCCAGGUCAUUCAUGAACUUGUCAUGUAGAUAGUUUACAUCUGUUAAAUAUGUUGAGUCUGUGAAGAGAAAGUUGUGUUAAUGUGGUAAUUAAUAUUGAGUUGUCAAUAAGCAGUGACUGUAACAAAGAGACUGUUUUGCUUAAUGGUGUUCUGCCAUGUCUUUGUAGCCUCAGAUGCCCUCAUGUUUCACUGCGUCUCAGAUGUGGACAAUCCAGGAGGCCAUUUUUCUUUUUUUGUCAAUGAUUGCAUUAUAAUCGCAAUAUCUUCCCCUUUUUUUUCUCUUUUUUUUAUAUACCAUGCACUACAGUACAUUGCCGAUGCCUAAGAUGUUAGUUUAAUUCUUAGUGGGGCGAUGCCAGAGGUCUUUCAACAUUUUGUGCCAACAAAUAAACUAAAUUCUAACUAUGUUUGUGGAUGAACAGUGUGUGUAAAAUAAAUGAGUAUGUGAAUUUACAAGAACAUCCUACUACCUUUCCUUGUCUGUGUGAAUGAAGCUUUGAUUAGGGCGCCAACUACUUAGCUGUUUUGUAAUGGAGUGCUACAGUAAACAAGAUUAUUCUACCACUGCCGGAAACCAUUUUAUUUUGUACCGUCUCCUCUUGUUUUCUUUCACUUCUUACUGCUGUGAGUUUGCUUUUCUCUCUGCAGUGACUGUGCUCCUAAAUAAAUAUUGUUUUCUUAAA